AGGAGAAGAAAGCGCAUGCGCCACUUAGCUCUCUUUUGCCUUCCUCCUCCUCGUCUUCCUCCUCUUCAUUCCCUGCCAGCCUUCUUUGCAAUGCCAUUCAGUCGCAGCUUUGCGCUUUGGGGCUUUGCUCUUGGAGAGGCAGCUUAGGAGCAGAAGACAAUCAAAAGCCCUAUAGAGGAGAAGGAAGGAAGGAAGGCUAUUAAAAGAGGGGGGCUGCCUCCUUGGCAUGUCCCCCAUGGCAAAAGAGGGGUGCCAACGCCUCACCGCAGCCCCCAGGGCUGGGCGCCCCUUUGUCUCCCAAGCUGCUGCCUGGGAUUGGCUGUGAGGCAGCCUCUCUCUCUCUCUCUUUCUGUCUCUCUCCCCCUCCUCCUCCUCUGCAGGCAAGGGUGCAAGAGAGAGACCCCCCUUUUGUUGCAGAUCCCCCCCUUCGCUUUCCACAACAGAAAAGCAGCCUUCGCUCCAAUUGCCGGCUUCAGUCUCCAGCCUCUGGCCAGAAGGAGAGGCGAUGCAUUCCAGCAGACUCUGAAACACCAGACAAGGAUAAAAUGGUCCUCGUCCGGGGAGAAGUCGGCUGCUGGGUCCUGCUGGGAUAUCUCCUCCUGCCCAACUCCGUUUUGGGUUCACAGGACAACGGGAAGGUGAUCCACAUCAACAAGGUCCACCACCAGCCACUCCGAGUCGGGCUGGCGGAGCCUGUGGCCCUCCCGUGCCUCUUCCUCUUGCAGCCGUCAACCUACCUUAGCCCAAAUGAGGCCGCCGACCCGCCCCGCAUCAAGUGGAGCAAAGUGCAGUCGGCUUCCGGCCAACCGGAGGACAUCUCGGUCCUGGUGGCCAAGGACAACGUGGUGAAGGUCUCAAAGGGCUACGAAGGAAGGAUUUCCCUCCCGGGUUACCCACACCGCCGCUACAAUGCCACCCUCUUACUCUCAGCGGCCCGAGCAAGCGAUGCUGGGCUUUAUCGUUGCGAGGUGGUCGCUGGGAUCCAUGACGAACAAGACCUGGUGCCCUUGGAGGUCACAGGUGUGGUUUUCCACUAUCGAGCCGCCAGCAACCGCUAUGCCUUGACCUUCCCAGAGGCUCAGAGGGCUUGCGAGGAGAAUUCAGCCAUCAUGGCAUCCCCUGCCCACCUCCAAGCGGCCUUUGAGGAUGGCUAUGACAACUGUGAUGCCGGGUGGCUCUCCGAUCAUACCGUUCGAUAUCCCAUCACCCUUUCAAGGCCUGGAUGCUACGGGGACCGAAAUAGUCUCCCUGGUGUCCGGAGUUAUGGUGAGAGAGACGGUGAGGAAGCGUACGAUGCCUACUGUUACGCCAAGGAGCUGCGAGGGAAAGUGUUCUACGCCUCCAGCCCGGGACGGAUGACGUUCCCGAUGGCCCAAAAGUACUGCCUGAGUCGUGGCGCCCAGCUGGCUACUACGGGUCAACUCUACCUUGCCUGGAAGGAAGGUCUGGACCAAUGCGACCCCGGCUGGCUUGCCGAUGGGAGCGCCCGCUAUCCGAUCCGAGUCCCGCGGAAGAAAUGCGGAGGGGACGAACCCGGCGUGAGGACCGCCUAUCAGUUCCCCAACCGGACAGGCUUCCCCAAUCCAUCCUCCAAGUUCGACGCUUACUGCUACAAAGCCCGUCAACCCGGUAAGAAACCAAGUGGCUCGUCUGUCGGGGUGAGCCCCAGCCCUGUAGUCCGCAUAGAUCCAGAAACGGAGGGAAGCUAUAACACAGGGAUUGACAACGUCUUAGUGGAACACGACUCCGAUUUGCCGUUGCUGGCCCAGAAUGAGCUCUUCCCAAAGGAAAACGAGGAGGCCAUCAUUUCAGGAGACUCCAAAGAGUUCCCCAAAGAGCCCUACAGCCCUUUCAACAAGGCGGGGGUCCCAUUGUUGGAGGAUGAUGAGCAGCUUCAACUGGUGACGGCGUUCCCUGCUGGAACGUGGGACGGGAAGACAGUGUCUCCAAAGGAUGAGAGAGAUGUGGAGACAUCUCCGCAACCAUCAGAUGCCUCCUUACCAGUUUAUCCAGGUGACCAAUAUCAUGUUGGUGUAGUCAGUGCAGAACCAACAGAUCUGGGGAGACAUGAGAGAGUCUUCACAGAAGCAUCAACCAGUGUUGAGCCGAUGCAAGGAACCUCUACUUCGGUGGAUGAAUCUGAAGAUGAGAUGACGGAAGCGGUCUACCCAACCUGGCUGCAAGGAACCACACACAAGUCAGUUCCACAAGAGACGGCAUCACCCAGCAUGCCACAGCCUUCCCAGACCCACAUUCCCACCUUGACCUUAGACCCAACAUCUCAUGAGGGUCAACCCACCACCGAAGGGAGCUCGGUGUUGGCUGAAUCGACACGGAGGAGCAUUUACUCCGGACUGAAUGGCCGUUAUUUCCAACGGCGACGGGAUGACGACAUGGGCACUGAUGAGGAGGCGGAAGGGAGCACCCACUUGCCCACCCUCCUGCCCAUCCUGGCCUUGGCGGUCCACCGGAUUGUGGACAAUUCCAUCGAGGCUGCGGCUAGUGCUGAUCACGGAUCCACUGCAGCACUGAGAAGCAACCCAAGUUACGCACUGUCUAACGAAGUGGAAGGGAACAGGCUACUGGCAUUGGAGGGUGAAGGCCAUCAAGAGAUAUCUCCCCACACUAGAAAAGAGUGGAUUGAAGAAGAAAAUAUCCAAGGACACACGUCACCAAAGCAGGAGAGGCCGACCCACAAUGAGCAUCCUCACACAUCACCAUGGGCUUCGGCCAGUGGGAUGCUUUGGACUACCAGCGUUACUACGACAACGGGAGGCGAUGCAGAAGAUACCCCCCUCGGUACCAGCAUCCGAGGGGACUACCCUCAAGGGGUGGCGCAUUCCCAAGACAAUGAGGAUGGCUUCUCUGGCCAUGCAGAUGCAACGCCGACAAUACCGGAUGUGGCCCCCAAGGCCGAGCGCCAAAGGAGCUCACCUCAUGCCAAUGAUGAAUCGAGCGGUGAGGUCGAAUACAAUUCUCGAGAAAUUCCCAUCAAGGAGGUUCUGCCUGUGGAGGGACUUCCAGGGCCGAGCUUCAAGGCCCAUCCAAACUUGCUCCAGGUUGUCACAGAAGAUCUGAACUCAACAAAUGCCCCGAAGUUGGUAGCGAUGGAUGUCAUCUUGGAUGAGAGCCACCCACAUUUGGAGGAGCUGGCAGAAGUGAGAGGACAUGAAGCCAUUACUCUCUCGGCCAAGGAGGUCCCCUCUUUGAAGCCAGACCAUGUUUACUCACAAGUGUCCAAGGAAGCCAACGUGGGGAUGACAGAAGGUGACAAAAUAGCUGUCAUGAUGGAACCCACUGUGACAAACAACCCAGCAUCAGCUAGUAGCUCCACGUUGACUAAAGUCUUAAACUUGUCCAAGGUCCAAGGCAGCUGGGAGGCAGUGACACAAAGCAUGGAAGCCCACCAUGAAGUCAGUACAGUUGACCAAAGCCAACGUUGGGAAGCCAUCAUAAAUGCAACAGGAGAUGAUCUUGACCAUUGGGAAGACCAAGUGACACAAGAGCCUUCUGACCAUGAAGUUACUUCUCUCUUACACUUUCCAACCAAGGAAGGUGGAGAAGGAGAGCCAAUGUUACAAAGCUCACCAUUGACUUUCCAAAGCAUGCCAGAGCCUACGCAGCAUCAACAACAGCCUACAGAUCCCAACCCUCCACUCACCAGUUCCCCAAGGAUAACUGAAGUGGAAGGAGAGAACGACAGCUACUUUCAUCCAAGCGGCCUUCUCCCUAUGGAUGCCGACAGCGGAAGUGGAGAAGAGAAAGGUGAUGCGUUGGGGGUCAAGGAGGCCGAAGGUCUGGUGUGGAACGAGGAGGCCAAUAUCACCCUGAUCGCGGAAACGGAUCCUUGCGACAAUGACCCCUGUCUCCACGGUGGAACCUGCCAGUCCAGUGGGAACAUCUCAACUUGCAACUGCCCCCGCGGCUUCACGGGCGAAAACUGCGAAAUAGAUAUUGACGACUGCUUGUCUAGCCCCUGCCAGAAUGGCGGAACUUGCAUAGAUGAAAUCAACUCUUUCAUCUGCCUGUGCUUGCCCAGCUAUGGGGGAAACCUGUGUGAACGAGACACAGAAGGCUGUGACCACAACUGGCACAAAUUCCAAGGCCAUUGCUACCGAUAUUUCGCCCAUCGACGCUCCUGGGAGGAUGCGGAGAGGGACUGCCGCCGCCGAUCGGGACAUCUGACCAGUAUCCAUUCCUGGGAGGAGCACAAUUUCAUCAAUAGCUUUGGCCAUGAAAACACGUGGAUCGGCCUCAAUGACCGCAUUGUGGAGCAAGAUUUUCAGUGGACGGACAACUCAGGUCUGCAAUAUGAAAAUUGGCGAGAGAACCAGCCGGACAACUUCUUCGCGGGCGGCGAGGACUGUGUGGUGCUGGUGUCGCAUGAGACGGGCAAGUGGAACGAUGUCCCUUGCAACUACAACCUGCCCUACGUCUGCAAAAAGGACACAGUGCUGUGUGGCCCUCCGCCUGCCGUGGAAAACGCCUUCCCCAUCGGCAAGAAAAAGGAGAAAUACAGUGUCCAUGCAACGGUCCGCUACCAAUGCGAGGAGGGCUUCCUCCAGCGGCACCUGCCCACCAUCAAGUGCCACGUCAAUGGGACGUGGGACCGGCCCCGAGUCCUUUGCACAAAACCCAGGCGCUCCCACAGAACCCGCCGGCACCACCGCCACCGGCACCACCAGCACCACCGCCACAAAUCCCGCAAAGAUCGGCGGAAACACCCCAAACAGCAGCCGCCGCCUCAUCCGAAGGCAGACUGGAAUGAAGAAGAUGGCAACUACUUCUAAACAGCAAAAAAGCACAAGUCCCUGGCUCCCCUUCCUCCCCUCCCUUUGACUUCCCUUUGGAUGCCUUGUCUUCCUCCCUCUUCCCCCACCCCUCCAAUUUUAUUUUCUCCAUCAUCUUUUUGGUUUUCUAAUAAUGCAGAAUCUACAGUGAUGGGAGAGGCCUGUAUUGUUGGAAAAAGGGUUCGGCCACCGUUGAGGGACAAAACCGCACAGAUUUGUCCCUUAAUGUUGGCCGAAACCCUUUCUUUCCACGAAACCCCUUAAGAUCUCAUAUUGAUCCCAAAGUUGGCGGGCCACUGUCUUCCCAAAGUGUUCCUCUUUUAUGAGUUUCCUCCAACGGCUAGAAACAAGUGAGAUCUCAGCCUCCAUUCCCAUUGUGAUGACAAACGUCCACUGUUUGUCGUGGGAUUUGCUGGUCGUGAAGUAAUUUAUAGUAUCCAUAUCAUGACCUCCCUGAACUGCUGCAAGCUGGAUAGCAAGUGUCCCAAAAGCAAACAAAAUACAGCAGAGUUCUUUUUCACAGCAAGCACAUGCUUCACCCCAUCUAUUAGUAGAGUCCAGUUGCUAGCAUCUGACCUUAUUUACACACUGUAUAGUAAACACGUGGAUUCAGGUUUUCAUUCAAAAUAUCCAGAGGCUUUAAUUUUCACCAUUGCAAUAUAUACACAUGUACAAACAGGAUACGCAGAUCCUCUUCCCUUGUACUUGCAAGCAAUCACAUACAACACAGGCAGAUACUUACACUGAGUCACACAGGAGAGAGUGAGAUGGAUUCUCUCAUUCUCCUUAUAUAGCCACUAGGGGAGUGCAAUUAUUUUUUGUUAGUCAUUGUAAGUUGGAUCAAAUUAGUACUUACGACACAAUAUCUGACUCAUGGAAUCGAAACUCACCCAAUACUUUUUUGUUUGCAUUUUAUAAACCUCAGAAGCCUACCAAAGUCAGUUUAAUUUUCAGUGCAAGGAAGGAAAUUAAGAAGAGAUAGGCUGCUUCUCGCAUGAGGAGAGGAAAGCAGCAGGGCAGGAUGAGCUAAGUGAGCUGGGAAAGGGACUGAGAAAGCACAGGAUUCUGGGAAAUGUAGUUUGGGGAGGCAAAGAGUCCUAUGGCAGAGAAUGCAAAAGGCCCUGUCCUAAACUACAUUUCCCAGAAUUCUGCUCAGCAUUGGAAAACCCCAGUCAGGAGAGGGGAGAGAUAUGUCCCUCCAUAGCAGCAGCCAACCAGAGUUCCAAUACAAUGUUGAAUCUGCAAAGAAGAGGACCGGAUGAUACUUCUAAUAAGUAUAUCUCAGUGCUGGGCUGGGAAGAAAUCCCUCAAUUGAAGUUUUAGUGGUUAAUAUGAGAGAUAUUCAGUUGUGGCUUCUAAUUUUUUUGUCAAAUCUUUUUUAAAAAUUUCCCUAAAAUCUUUAGAUGUAGGAAUAUUUCUGAAAGUUUGGGGGAAUGAUCCCCUGUUAUCUCAUGUCCUUGUAUUAAAAAGGCACGCUCUUGUAGUUUUUUAAAUUGUUAUAAAAACUGAAAAUUCCCCCAAAAUCUGUGGAUAAGUGAAACGUUCUGAAACUUGGUGGGCUCACAGUGGCAAAUGUGUUCUAUAAUUGUAGCAAGUUUCACCCCAAUUGCUGUAAAAAAGAGGGAGAAAGGAACCCCUGACGUUUCCCCACGUGCGUAAUUACGAGAACGAAAAAGUAAUGAAAUUCCGUUACUCUUGUUCACUCACAACACUUUAGAAACACUUUAGUAACGAAACACUGGCACCACCUAAUUUUUGAAUGAGUUUUAAAACUUUUUUACAUUAAUUACACAGCUCUAAUAGCCACCUGCUGAUUGGUCAUCAGUAAGGGACAAUGGCUGAUGCAACCCCUUUGCAAUGACAUUGGCUGAUGCAACUCCUUUGCUAUAACCCUCACAUGGUUAUGACUCAGCCAUUGCCAUGACUUUUGCAGUCACUACCCAGGUGCUAUCUAUAUUCCACAUGUACAUCAAACAGUAUUUUCUAUCUAACACCAUUACGGGUGGGGUGUCUCAGUGAACAAUAAUUGCUCGAGGAACCCAUACUAUAGUUUCCCCCCUUUUAAGUCGUCGCCAGUGAGGCUGGGGUCGGAUUUGUGUGCCGUCGCAUGAGAGAGUGAGUUUGGUGCUGUCUCAAUGUGGCUGCCGUUCCCCGCCCCCCUUUUGUGUGUCCCUCAGAUCGGCCCUUUUUUGCAUAAAAAUAAUAAUAAUAGUGGGGAGGGAAGGAAAGCGGGAGGCAGGAAUCGGGGAGAUUGAAAACAAGAAAACCCUUUGUGGUUUCUGUACUGCUGGACAUUUUAAUAAAUUUUUUUAACAGUU